CACAGUAAAUGUCAGUUAAAAAAAAGCGAUUUAUUUAAAUAUGGUAAUCAUUCAUGUCAUGACAGAAAAUCCACAGAAGGAAAACGACAUCUGAUGUGCAUAUUGUUGUUCAAAUCCGUAAUCUGCUACAAAUUUAUCUUACAAAAAAUUUCAUGAGAUAAUGUUUAACUUGAGAUGUGGAGCUUUGAAGUUUUAAGUGAUAGUUUUGAUAACGAUAAUACAGGGAUUUCUCUGGCAUCAUGGUUUUGUGAGUUAUCAAUUGAGCUGCCUACAGACUGAGUGAAGAUGGCUGCAACAAGUAGCCGGAGACGAGCUCCACCUGACAACUUCUUUCCCAUAGCUAUUGUCGGCAUCGGUUGUCGCAUGCCUGGUGAUGUCAAUAACCCGGAGGAUUUCUGGCGGGUCAUUCGAGACGGGCGGGAUGUCGUGGAGGAGAUACUGCCGGAGCGCUGGAACGUGGACCACUACCAUGACCCGGACCACACUCGGACAGCCAAGCAUUGCAUGCGAAGGAUCGGCAUGAUCAAAGAUAUUGAUAAGUUUGAUAACAGUUUCUUCAAGAUUUCUCCCCGUGAGGCACUGAGCAUGGACCCUCAGCAGAGACACCUGUUGGAAGUCACCCAUGAAGCAUUUGAAGAUGCUGGUAUUCUGUCUGAUGAGCUAGGAGCUGAUGGUGGUGUGUUUGUUGGUAUUGGAUUGUUUGAUUACUCCAUCUACAUUACUGAUCCUUACUUGAUGGACGCGUACGUACUUACCGGCAAUGCCCACAGCUGUGCCGCCAACAGGCUAUCUUUCGCUUUUGAUAUCAAGGGCCCCAGCUAUGCCUGUGACACAGCGUGCGCCAGUGGUCUAACAGCUCUGCAUCUAGCCGCAUCGGCACUGUGGAACAAGGAGUGUACCACAGCAGUGGUGGGCGCAUGCAACGCCGUGUUGAUCCCCGAAGUGGCCAUAGGCUUCAGUCAGCUGGGAGUGAUAUCUCCCGACGGGAAGAGUUGCCCGUUUUCCAAGUCGGCCAAUGGGUACGUCCGCAGUGAAGGAUGGGGUAGUAUGAUACUCAAACCGCUGGACAGAGCCCUCCAAGACGGCGACCACGUGUACUGCACCAUCCGAGGAUCGGCGGUCGCAGCCAAUGGCAACUACAACAGCUUGACCAUGCCGUCGCACACGGCGCAGCAAUACGUCAUGGGACAGGCGUACGAGCGAUUUGGUAUUGAUAGGUCAGAGGUCAGCUACGUGGAAGCCCACGGUACCGGGACGCCCGUCGGUGAUCCCAUCGAAGCUAAUGCCAUUGGUCUUACCUUUGCACCCUAUCGGGAUUCGCCUGUGAAGAUUGGCUCUGUUAAGAGUAAUUUUGGUCACCAGGAGUGCUGUUCAGGCAUCUCCAGUGCCAUCAAAGUAGCCCUCAUGCUGGACAAGAAGAUGCUUUGCCCAACAAUCAAUUAUCAAGGCAUUAACCCCGAGAUUGACUUGCAGAAUUUAAAGGUAGCGAUCCAGCAAACACUAGAGCCAAUAACGUCAAACUCUAACUUUACCAUCGGCCUGAACAGCUUUGGCUUUGCAGGCGCCUUGGCUCACAUGGUCCUACAAGAGGCUCCAGGUUACAAUUGCAAUGAAAGGCAGCAGGGCAUGCGAUUGCAGGCUGGUUGGAGGUUUGGCGGUUCAUCGACAGGAGAAUAUGUCUUGAUUCCUCUGUCGGCAAGAUCUGUCAAUGCCGUGACAGAUUUGGCCAAAAAAUGGCUGAGCUUUGAACACAAGAAUGACGCCCUGAGUGUCGUGUCCUGGCUUGCCUCAAGAAGGAAACACUUUGAGUGUAAGUUGGCCAUCUUGGCCAACUCGUCCCAGAUGUUCAGGGAAAGGCUGCAGUUUUACAUUGACAAAGGAAGCGGUGAAGGCAUCACAGCAGGAUCUCACUACGGCACAGACGUGCCCAAAAUCUGCUUCGUUUUCCCCGGACAAGGACAGCAGUGGGCCAACAUGGGCCGACGUCUGUACCACACCGAAGAGGUAUUCCGGCAAGUAGUAGACAAGUGUGACUCGCUCUUCUGUCAGUUGAGCGGCUGGUCAGUGCUAACUGACAAGGACAUAUUCAAUGGUAUCCAUUCUGGAAAUGCAGUACAGGAUGAGCCCAGGUCCGAUGAGACAGUAAAUGAGAUGGAGGUUGGCCAACCCACGAUCCUUUUCUUCCAGAUUGGUUUGUACGAGCUGCUACGUCACUGGGGCAUCCAACCAGAUGUCUGCGUGGGUCAUAGUUUAGGAGAGGUAGCUGCUGCCUAUGCCUGUGGAGGCCUCACUCUCGAAGAAUCCGUGGCAGUCAUUUAUCAUCGGAGCAAGCAGCAAGCGAUGCUCAAGGGGACAGGAAGCAUGGCGGCAGUUCGUCUGUCUCUGCCUGAAGUGAAAGCAUUGUGCUCCACAUAUGACAACCUUCACGUUGCUGCCAUUAAUGCACCAAGUAAUACAACCAUUGCCGGCAGAACCAGCUCGAUCAAACAGAUCUGCCAGGAGAAUCCCACAUUAGCAAAGGAACUACGGGUCCAGUGUUCCUUCCACACCCCGGAUAUGGAGCCAAUACGACUGUUCAGGGAAGCCAUGGCUGGAGUGGUCUUAACGGAAGAGAGAUUCAAUGAAACUCCCUUUUAUUCCACUGUCUUUGGUGAGAGAUAUAAUGAUGCCUUUUCAGCUGACUAUUGGUGGGCUAACAUUAGAGGCUGUGUUAACUUUCAGAGUGCCGUUGAGAAGAUCCUAGAUGAAGUGCAAUCAGGAAUCUUCUUGGAGAUAGGGGCAUCUGCAACUUUGGUCUCUUCCAUCAAUCAGAUUGCAAAAGCAUCGAAGCACAACGUGAUCAGUAGCAUUGCUUGUGGUAAACGGAAGCAAGAUGAAAGGCAUGUGAUCUCCCAGGCCCUGGCAAAUCUUUAUGCCUUGGGCGUCAAGAUAAACUGGAAGCAUGUCACACAUGAUGCGGCUCAGUGGGUGAGACUUCCCACAUACCCUUGGCAGAGGCAGUCCUUCUGGAUUGAAGCCGAGGACAAGAGGCAUACUCGGCUUGUCUUAAAGGAACCCUCUUUCAAAGGUGCAAAUGGACGCAUUAGUCUAGAGGAGUUUCCCUUCUUGUCAGAUCAUGUAGUCCAAGAUAAAAUUGUCUUUCCGGGUGCUGGUUACAUCAGUUACAUCUUUCAGAUGUGCAUGCCAGCGGAACAGGCUGUUAUUCUGAAGAAGCUGAAUUUUGUGAAAAUGCUUGUCUGGCCAGAAAGGGUGAAAAAGUUAGGCGAGAAAACAAGCAUCCAGUUGUCUUUGGAGAGGAGAGGUGCAGUUGUAACCAUUGAGGGCGACAAUCACAAAGUCUGUGAUGCCGAGGUGGAUGAAAUCACUCCCCAACCAAAUCACAGGCUCAUACUGCCUCUUGAUGACAUUCUUAAGACCUGCACGAUCAGUAUGACUGGAGACAAUCUCUACUCCUCCUUUGAGGCAGUCGGCUUGAAGUAUGGUCCAGUAUUUCAGCUCAUUGAGAGAGUUCAGAUGGGAGACUGGGAGGUAGUGGGUUAUCUGAAGUCAAGACAGGGGUAUGGACAGUAUCGGGAUGUGACCGCUCUAGAUGGCUGCUUUCAGCUCCUCCUUGCAGCAGUCGGACAACCUACAUCCUUAUACCUCCCAAUCUGCAUCCAGUCGAUCCAGAUGCUUGUCUCUCACAUUCCACAGGGAGCGCCAUUGUUAAUACAUGCGAAGAUUACUCAUUUUGAUUGCUGGAAUCUAGUUGGUGACAUCACCCUCGCAGACAAGGAGGGAAUCAUCUUGGUCAAAGUUCUGGGAUGUCAGUGUAAGAAUGUCAGUGGCACUCAGAGCGUAGUUGAUUUGGAGUCUUGCCUCUAUGUCACACAGUGGCAGCCCUCCGCCUCACAACUGCCCUCAACGAGCUUGAUAAGUGACAUUUUUCAGAAGGAGUACCUACGAAAUCACUUUCCCGAUGAAAUGCAUGCCGUCGACAAAGGUGAAGAAAACCUUGAGAUAUUCCGCAGUGCCGCACUAUCUUACAUAAGACACGCUCUGAGGGAGGUGCCUCAUAGCAAAAGAGGCAUCUGUGAUCGCUACAGCCAUCGUCUCCAAAGUUUAGCAGCAUGUAAUGAAGAAUCCUUGCCGUUGGACGAUAUAUGUCAUCGUCUUGAUCAGGUUUCAAGAGGUGCUCCCGAUUCAGCCAUAGAGUGUGCAAUGAUUAAGUCACUUGGAGAGAACCUGCCAAAUUGUCUGAGGAAUCCCCUCUCCUCGCUGAACCUGCUGUUCUCCUUGCUCGGAGAUUAUUUUGACAGUGCUUCCAGCAUUAACAUUUACUACCAGGCAAUAAUUGAGCUGCUCACCAAGGCCAUAGAGGAGCUCUCCAAGAAAAAGAAGAUAAUAAAGAUUCUUGAGGUUGGUGCUAGGAUUGGUGGAUUUGCCAAACUCCUCCUAGGGAACCUUGAGAAGCAUGGUGUUGGAGAGAACCUGCAAUACCUCUUUACUGAUAUCAGUCAAGCCUUCUUUCCUAGUGCAAGGACAAACUUAAAAGACUUUCCCCAUGUGAAUUAUCAGAUCUUUGAUUUCCAGCAAGAUCCAGAGUCUCAAGGAUUGGUGCCUGGGUCUGUUGAUGUUGUCAUCUCCUUGGAUGCACUGCAUUCGGCAGCUGACCUGCCUUUGGCUACCAGCAACCUGAGAAGUCUUCUGUGCGAGGGUGGCUGGUUACUUGUCAUGGAGACAACCAAGGGCAACUACUGCCAAGAACUGAUCUUUGGUUGUCUCGAGCUGUGCUGGACAUUUCACGAUUUUCGCACUGAAAGUUGUUGGAUGUCUCAACGGGAGUGGGUAGCGCUGCUCAGACGGAGUGGCUUCGAAGGUGUCAUUGGAUGCUCAACUCCAAAUGAGUAUUUCCACAGUGUCAUGCUUGGUUGCAAGUCAUCUAGGUCAUUACAAAGUGUGCCCGUGGCCUCGGGAGACAGAUUCGUUCGGCCUUACCCGUGGGUUUUGAUUUCAGACACAUCUCAAGAGGCACUGAACCAAGAGUUGAAGCAUUGCCUGGGGUCACCUCAAGAUGUUAUACACCAUUCUCAAGACAUGGACUACUUGUCUAAUCUGCAAAAGUUCAAACAUCCUGUGGAUUUGGUAUACAUUUGGGGUCCGUUGGACACCAAGUUACACUGUCUGCUGAGCUUAGUGCAAGCAGCUGCACUGAAAGCUGAAACUGUCUCCCGAUUGUGGGUUGUAACUGAAGGUGCCAGCAUCGAGUGCCACAACACCAGUGCACAGUUGGCGGUCGGAUUCACUCGAGCUGUGAGCAACCAGUUGCCGAUUCCAGUAAUCUGUGUUGAUCUGGAUCCAAGCAGCUGGGUACAAGAGAAAGUGGCUCACCUAUCAACGUUGAUUCUCAAUGGUAACUUGAAAGACAGGGAGAUUGCUGUUCGCCGUGGUGAGCCAAGGGUACCACGUCUUACACCUGUCAAAACAGGUAGCAAACUUCCCGUACAUAGAGGUGAGAAAUUCUGGAGUUUGGCGCAAGAAAAAUAUGAUGGCGUAGCUUUUGGGGAAGAGAGAAGUGCAGUUGACAGUAUUGGCUUUAUGCUGCAUUCUGAAAUGCAUAUUGAUGCAGAUGAAGUCCUCGUGGAAGUUAGAGCUGCUGCUCUUAAUUUCAAAGAUGUGAUGAUGUCACUGGGCAUGCUUGACGAACUGUCGCUCUCUGAUGACGGACCGCAGUUGGGGCUGGAAUGCGCAGGAACUGUGCACAGUGUAGGGAGGGAAGUAAUAGGUUUCCAGGUUGGUGAUGAGGUGUUAGGGUUUGGUACACACUGUUUCGCUUCUCAUGCUGUCUGUAAGUCCCAGCUCAUUGUUAAGAAGCCUGCCAAUGUCAACUGGGUGGAGGCUGCCAGCAGUGGAAUUGUAUUUGUCACAGCGUUCUACAGCCUGAUCCAAAAGGCGAAGCUUCAAGAAGGGGAGAAGGUCUUGAUACACUCGGCGUGUGGAGGGGUGGGACUCGCAGCAAUACAGAUAGCUAGGAUGGUUGGAGCCGAAAUUAUUGCAACAGCUGGCACUAAGGAAAAGAGAGACUACCUUCAAGAUGCCAUGGGGUUGACCCUUGUCACUGAUUCCCGUUCUGACCAGUUCUACACAGACGUGAUGAAAUGGACGGAGGGCCGAGGAGUUGAUGUCGUUCUGAAUUCCCUGGCGGGUAAACUGCUCCACAAAGGCUGUGCCCUGCUGAAACCAGAGGGUCGUUUUUGCGAGAUCGGCAAGCGGGACAUCCUGCAAAAUUCCACACUCCAGAUGAGCCCAUUGCUUGAGAACAUCAGCUUCCACAGCUGUCAGAUUGACGCAUUGAUGUGUUCCAAUCCAUCCCUCGUCAGCAGUUUACUUGAAGACAUCAUUGCGCUCAUAGAGUGCGAGAGGUUGCAUCCGGUUCCAGCUGAAGUUUACGACAUAGCCAACUUCUCUGACGUGAUCAGGAUGAUGGCAAAAGGCACACACAUUGGCAAAUAUGUCUUUGAAGUAAUGCCCAACUUUCAAAUUCCCACCAAUCAGAUCAUACCCUCGACGAAGCUGUUCAAAUCGUCAGUCACUUACCUCAUAACAGGUGGGUACGGCGGUAUAGGCCAGGCAUUGGCUCGUUGGUUGGCUGCUACCGGAGCUCACCACAUUGCACUGGUUUCGCGAAAUGGACCUUCUUCAGCAUCAGCUAGAAGCACUCUUGGUCAUCUCCAAGAACAUGGAAUUCACAUGUACCAAUUCCAGUGCGACCUGUCAGACCGGCUGCAAACAUCAGAUAUGCUGAAUGAACUCAGGGGCACAGCUCCACCUCUAGGAGGUAUUUUUCAUUUGGCAGGAGUGAUUAACGAUGAAUCACUUGACACACUCACACCCAAGGAUCUGGACGCCAUAGUGGCUAGCAAGGCAGUCAGUGCACAGAAUCUACACAGCUUGACCCUGGCUGAUAGCCUGGAUGUCUUUUUCCUUCUGUCUUCCGUCUGCGCCACCUGGGGACAUGCCUCACAGCCAGGCUACGUGGCUGCUAAUGCGUACCUUGAUGCAUUAGCUGUGCAUCGCUACCACCAAGACCUGCCCGCAUUGUCGGUACAACUGGGACCAAUCCGUGGAGCAGGUUAUUUGGAAGGCAAGCCGGAGACUGCCAGAAUAUUUGCUUGUAAGGGCAACCACUCGCUGCAUAUUGUAGAGUUCCUGAAGAUGCUGCAGAGACUGAUGGAAACAGGAUUCAAGGAACCAGUUGUAUGCCUUGCUAAUCAGGACUGGAGCACCACAAUCCAGUUCUGUAACAGCACCAAUAUGAUGUUUCGCCACCUGGUCAAUUGUGGCAGUACUCGCGGCCCGGGUACAUCGGUAGUCGCCAAGACCAAAGACGAUGUGGAGACUGCCCUCAAGGAGAAGCUGGCUGAGCUGCUGUUCGUAACAGCAGAGAGCAUCGAUGCCCAGCAACCAAUGAUCAACUACGGUGUGGAUUCGCUCAUGGCCGUGGAGAUUGUAACCUGGGCUGCAAAAGCACUCAAUGUGACCGUAUCCCAGCUGGACGUCUUGAGUGGUCUCACCACGGCAGAUCUCUUACAAAAAGCUUGCAAGGAUUAAAAAGCCACUUUCUCUGCAGUAUAAACAAUUUUCUCAUUUGCAAAGUGCGUUUGUACUGAAGGCUAAUAUUAAAGAAGCAUCAAGCGCAAAAUUCCUGUAGUAAUAAACAUUUAGAAAACAACUCGUACCUUGUCAGUUGUUCAGUGACGAAACAAAUCAAAACAAUUUCUGGUCACUGUUACACCCCUUCUGCUUGAUAUUUCAUGGAUUUGUCGUCAUCUCGUAAUCUCACCCCUGUACUUAAUAUAUUUCUACGCACGUGCUCUACAACGAGUGAAGCCCAAGUUGUGAAGCGCACCUGUGUAUGCAAAAUUUAUUGUUUGAGUUUUUUCUUCAAUAGCUAUUAAUCAAUAAAUCUUAGAGUUACCCGUUAUUAUUUUCUGUUUUGUUCGGUACUUUAUUCAUAAUCCAUCGCAUGAAUAAAACAAUAAAAGUUGUUCAACAUGUAACUGUACUUUUUAAGCAGAGCCUGCAUCAUGCAUUUCAGAGCUACAGGCCGUCUUAUUUGAAACAAAUGGUACUCUCCCUUUUAACUUUUGUUUUAAAGAGGCUACAGUUAUCUCGUUAGCACUUUGCAAAAUGAAGACAGUCAUUGCAACACAGAGUCUUUAAUACCGACAAAAAAGUACCAUGAUAGUAAACAAUUGGCCCAUGACAACAUGUUCCUUCCCAUUUACAGUUCUAAAUUACUGCUAAAUUAUGCCGUAGGUCCAAUAUUUUUAGCAGGCAUAUUGAGGUUGAUUAUUUUGAGGUUCUAUGAAUAAUGAAAAACCUCGGUGGAAACUAUGGCCAACUCAAACUCCUGUCAAACCUGGGUAAUCUUUGUCAGCCAUUCGAUUGUUUCUGGCUUUUUUGCUGUAUCUUUUCUUGAUCAAGGUGGCUAGUACAACCAAACAAAAUAGUGAAGCAUCUAUAAUAGCUUAUCAAAGACCAACAUAAAGGAGAUGCGUGAAAAAAAUGUAUUAAGAAACAAAACAGAUCAAUUCUGUGCCACUCUGUAUGCUUUUUUGCUUUCAGUAACAUUGAUUUUCAAGUAAUAUUGUUAUUCAAACAUAUAUCAUAAGACAUCAUUGUGUAAAAUAAUGUUAAUUUUUACAGAUAAAAUUUGCAUGUACUUUUUUUUUGUCAUUUCAAAUGCCUCCAUUAAAAAUGCCACUUCAUCAAGACUUCUUCAGUCUUUAAUGUGUCGGCAUCGACAGUGUUCUGGAAAUAUGCUGGGACAGAACUGCUGGCAACUGUGUUACAUUAUAAUCUAACAACCAGAAUUAGAAGCCAUUACUGCGUUGGCGCAACACUCGUGGACAGGUGGCACAACGCUCAUGGACAGGUGGCACGCACCCGUUACAUGCCUCUUUAACCACCAGGGUGUCGUAAUUUGCCAAAUGCCAUGCUUCAAGCUGAAGAAUGUGCGUGCAAGUGCAGUACCACCGCAGUCAUGGCGUCUAAUCAGAUUAGUCUAAAUAUGUAUAUAUUUGAAAUCUACAUUUUUGGCGGGGUUAUGAAAAGCCUGCAGAGUGGUCCAUUCGAAGGAUAUUUUGCAAAUUUCUGCUUAUGCCAGUCGAUAAAUAGGUGCCUGAACAACAAUUAGAGACAUGAUGAAAAACCAAAGUAUGCUAGAUGUAACCGCUUUGAACACUUCAAGAUUGGAAUAAAUUAUACAUCUUAGAAUAAACUUGUACAAGUGCAUAUCGAUGACUUGCUCAAAACAGACCAUAAAUGUCUCUACCUCUACUGAAUGGGCGGCUACCUUCAGCUGGUGAACCAAGUUAUGAGUAUAGCUGUAUUUGAAAAUAUUUCUGUCGAGAGUAUUUUGAGGCAAUCAUCAUGUUUAGACUUCAACAAAAUGUAUUGCCUCUUUUGUUUAUUUGUACUUCAUAAAUCGUCGUUAUGAUGGCUCAGCCGACAAUCAAGACUUUCUACGGUAAGCUUUCUACGGUCACUACAAAGCUUGAAAAACCUUCUCUACAAAGUUAAGGGGCAAUGAUGGGCUUUGAGCUCAGCUUGAACGAUGCGAGAAACCACAAGAAAGCACUUUUUUUAGUUCAGUCGUGUGGGAAGGGAGGCAAGAACGCAAGCGGGCUAAGCAAUGAUGUAAUUGACUUCCCAUCAUUCUUUGCUGUCAACAAUGACGGGCGUGGUGUUGAACACUCCAACACUAGCUUUUUUCUCAGAAAGACAAAUAAAAUAUGCAUCGUUAAGGAAACAAGACGUAUUGCAAAAAAAA